AUGGAUAGGUUGAAGCCUCUCGUGGAGCCACUCAAGGCAGGUCCGGCCUUGUUAGGCGUCCUGCAGUCGGCGCACCUCGCCCAGUCCAUCCUCCCCGGGCUCAUCGCCGAUGUACUCGAUGAGGGGCUCCAUCAGAAGGGGGAGCCAGGCCCAACCCCACCAGCAUCCACUCAGGGACCUGCGGCGCAGCCAUCGCUGUGCACGGUGCCGCAGCUGAAUUUCGUGACCCCACGGGGGAAGCACGACCUGGCCUUCCAUGACAAAUCAUUCUCCCUGCACAGCCCGAAGACCAGCAUCAGCAUACCAUAUGCUGCAGUGACCCACAUUCUGAUCCUGGAUUCUCUGCCUGGCGACUCCAAGGGCAAGGUGCUCCUUUUCCUCGUCAUCUCACACCAUGCAGGGCUGCUGAACGGCAAGUCGCCGCUCACAGCGGUGGUCAUCAGCACCACUGCAGCGGCCCAGCUGGCUGUGAAGAGCCCAGGCAGCAGGGAUCCCCUGGAGGGGCCCGCCGCAGUCGUCCUCUGUCAGCUGUUCGGGCAGCUAGGCGUCCCGCCCGCCUCGUUCUGCUCCCCCGACCCGGCACAGUUUGGAAGCAUGUCGUCGGGCCACUCGGGUGUCCCCGCCCAUGUUAAGGCGAGGGCGGGGACCCUCUUCCCCAUGCCCGCCGGCCUCUGCUUCCUGGAAUCGCCGGCCCUGUUCAUCCCGCGGGAAGAAAUUAAGGCCAUGGAGCUGGCCAGGGCGGGGGGAACAUCCUCCACCUUUGAUGUGUUUGUGCACCGCAAGGAUGGCAGGGUGGAGGAGUUUGGGAUGCUGCCGCGUGAGGAGACUGGGCCCUUCGAAUCAUACAUGAUGAACCAGAAGCUGGGACCCCCGGCUGACGAUUCCGAGGGUUCAGAUAGAAGCGAGGACUCAGGGGACGCCAGCUCUUCAUCAGAUGCAGAGGACGAGACAUUCGACCCUGAGGCGGGGUCGAGCGACGAGGACGCUGCGCCGGGGGGGUCCAGGCAACCCGGCACGUCUGAUGCAGGGUCCAGCGACGACAGUGAUUCAGAGGGAGAGGCUGGCUCGGAUGUGGAGCUCGUGUCGGAGGAUGACAUGUCGACGGCGGCUCUACAGCGGGUGCUGGCAGCCGAGGGCGCAGCUGCGGGGCCCAGGAAGCGGAGGCGCAGCUCCGACUGA